AUCUUAUUCUUGUUCUCGAAAUUAUUUUCAAUUCAAAUCUCAUAAGAUUUAGAUCGUAUUUGAAAUUGUAAUUAAUUUUAUUUAAAAAAAAAAAAAAACAAAAUGGCAAUUUUUCAUUUGAGUUUUUUUAUUAUUUGCAUUGUUGCACUUCAAGCAAUUACUACUUCAGCGGCUUCUCUGAAUUUAAAUGUUACUGAUGUUUGCCUACAACCAAUUGAAGUUGGUAUAUGUCGUGCUGAAGUUAAAUCCUAUGGUUUUGAUUCAACUCAACAAAAAUGUGUUCAAUUUGUUUAUGGUGGAUGUAAUGGUAAUGAAAAUAGAUUUACUAAAUUAGAAGAUUGCCAAGUAGCUUGUGAAGAAUGUUCACAACCAAUCGUCGCUGGUCCUUGUUAUGGUCUGAAUGAAAAAUAUGGUUUUAAUACUGAAGAAAAAAAAUGUGUGGCAUUCACAUAUGGAGGAUGUAUGGGAAACAAAAAUAGUUUUGAUACUUUGGAAGCUUGUGAAAAAAAAUGUAUGUAAAGUGUAGACACUUAAGAAAUUAAAAAUAAUUUUAAUUUGAAUUUUAAAUAUUUUUUUAAAGUAAAAUUUGUAUUAUUGUAUUUUAAUAUUAAAAAAAAAUUAUUUCUCAUAA